CCCACUAGAAAACCCUCUAAAUAAAGCACAGUGCCCACUAUUUCAAAUACCCACCUAAGAUUCUCAAAGUUGCUGAUAUUUUACCAUCAUAAUAAUAGAACCUAAUCUAGUUAAGGCCUGAUACGUGAACAAGGAUUGAUUGGGUUCUUCAAUGGUGAAGGAGGAAGAAGAGGACUGGCAUAGUCCUGAAGAGUGGGAUAAAGGGUCUCAAGAGGAUCACAAGGAUUUUUUGAGAGGAAUCAGAGGGUGGAGAAUGAGUGUGCCAAAGCUCUGUGAUGUGUGUCAAGUGUCAAGCUCCGAGCUUUAUUGCAGAGACCACACUGCACUUAUUUGUAUGGUUUGUGAUGUUAGAAUCCAUGGUGGUGGUGCUAAUAAUAAGAGAGUGACCUCAUCUUUGUGUCAUGAAAGAGUUUGGCUUUGUGAAGUGUGUGAACAGGCUCCUGCUUCUGUCACAUGUAAGGCAGAUGCUGCAGCUCUGUGUGAGGCCUGUGAUUCUGAUAUCCACUCUGCCAAUCCACUUGCUCGUAGACAUGAAAGAGUUCCUGUGACCCCAUUUUAUGAGUGUCCUAAUGUGCAGGUCAAUAAUAACACUACUGGCACUAAUGCCAAGUAUAGCUUUGACUGCAAUGAUAUCUUGAAUGAAGAUGGUGAUGGUGUGCAUUUGGAGAAUGAUGAGGAGGAGGAUAAUGAGCAUAGUAAUUUGUUGCACCAUAGGACUGAUCAGAAUGGUAAUGAUACUGAAAUGUGCUCAGUCGAAGAGGUCUCUGCUGUACCAUGGUUGAUUCCAGAAACCAAUAAGAGUAAUCUGAGAGCUGUUAGUGAAUCAGGAGAAGAUGAUGAAAAGACAGUUAAGGAAAAGCUCAAGUUCAAGGCCUAUUUGCAAAGUAUUGAUUUUUUACAUGAUGUGGGUGAUCCUUAUGUGGGUUUGGAGUACCUGGCUUCUAAUGAAACAACAUCAAGAAAUUGUGCAGAUGCAGUAACCACUCUUCACAUGGGGACAGACAGCAUGGUUCCUGUUCACAGUCCUGAAGUGAUUGAGCAUUCAUCUACCAAAGUUUCUAAUGAUUCAGGAUCAUUGGAUGCAGAUGUACCCAAGGGAAAUUAUGUAUACAGAACUCCAUCUCUCAACCACAGUGCGUCCUCCUCUUCUAUGGAGGUAGGAAUAGUGCCAGAGAGCAGUAUAAAUGAGAUUCCAGGCCAUUUCAGUGACCCAAUAAGGGGGUCAUUUGAGAUUCCUCCUAGAGGGUUUGUUCAUCCCGGAAGCCAGUUGGAGAGCAUGGGAAGAGAAGCAAGGGUGCUGAGGUACAGAGAGAAGAGAAAGAACAGAAAGUUUGAGAAGACAAUAAGAUAUGCUUCUAGGAAAGCCUAUGCAGAGACUAGGCCCCGCAUUAAAGGCCGCUUUGCAAAGAGAACAGAUGUAGAGGAAGGUGAAGGUGAAGGUGAAGUGGAACAAAUGUACUCAUCGUCAUCCUCCCUCAUAUCUGAUCAGGGAUAUGGAGUAGUUCCAUCUUAUUGAUUAAUCAAUUAAUGCAAAUUCUUCACUCUACUCUACUCUAAUUUCUCUUCUACCCCUGUAAUUCUAGUUCUAAUUGUAUUUUUGAUUUAUUUCUGUCAUGUAGGGACUUCAGGUAUAUAAAACUCUAGGUUUUUCUUAAUGAAAUGCCACUCUUGCUCUGCUAUUUUGCUGUCAUUUGUACAAAAAUUCAGACAUGCUAUGGUGCCUAUUAUUGUUUUGGAUUAGAAUGCAUAAGGAAAUGAACCAAAUCUUCAGAAUGGAAGAACAGAUGCAUUCUUACA